UGUCAACAGUUCUGGUACGAUGGCUGCAAGGGACGAUCUCGAAAUAUCUUCUCGGAUCUGGAAACAUGUGAACAGAUGUGCGAAGCUACCAAUAUCUUGACUAGGGCAGGUAUGCUGGCAUGCUGUGUAUCGGCCAUCGUUCAAAUCCUCUUCACACUAUUCCCAUUGGAUUUUCGAAUACUCUACCUCAUUACUCACAUAUCACUGAUUGCUUCUCGUUCAGAAAUCUGCUGGGACAAAUUCGAUAUGAACUACAGGAAUCAAUGUCUCAAUGGUAAUUGGCAACAACGUUACUAUUUUGACCAUGCUUCGUUGACAUGUCGACAGUUUUGGUACGAUGGUUGCCGAUCGGAUUCUCGAAAUAUGUUCGAAGAUCAUCUUACAUGUCAGUGGUUGUGCGAAUCACAACCUAUGUACAAAUCAAGAGCUUGUCUACAAGACUUUGACAACCACUACAGGGAUCAGUGCAAUGGCGGUCGGUGGCGGCAGCAGUAUUACUUCGACAGGAAUGUAAAACGCUGUAUUCCAUUUUGGUACGAUGGUUGUACAGGAGAGAGUGAGAAUCUCUUUCAAGAUGAGAUGUCCUGCUUGAUCACCUGCGAGAAUCCAACGAAAAAAGAUCGUGAGUAA